AAGGUCGACAACCCCAUCACAGAAGACCUCAUUCCCUGCCACGAGCUGGACGACGAGGUGUCUGGUCUUGUUGUUCUUUCAAGGUACAAGGAGGCUGAGCACGAGUUCUGCAAGUGGCACUCGGAUCGCCAGGUCACCUUCGAGUUCGUCGCCCUUGUUAAAGGCUCCCUCGAGAAGGGCACGUACCGCCACUUCUUCAAGAAGGCCGACGUGCAGCGCAGUAGUCAGGACCCGGCCCCGCUCUACGAGGAGAUCUUGCUCGGGCGCAACGAGAGAUAUGGGGAUUGGGACGUCGCCACGAUGGAGGUGGUGGCCACCGCGGAGCUGGCCGGUGGCCACAUGGCGCUGCGCAUCCGCACCCGCGAGUGCGACCACAGGCAGCGGAUCCGCUCGCAGCUGGCCAUGCUUGGCUGCCCCUGCCUCAACGAUCCGUCGGCCGCCCCAGCCGCGCAGGCGGCUGACGAGGCC